UGAAAAGAAGAAGCAGAAGUGUGGCGUGGAGGAGAGAAAGGUUUGUUCUUUUUAAGGAGUUCAAAAAUCACUUCAACUAAGAGGGUUGGGGUCACCCAGUUGAAGGAACCAAACCCUAAGGUUCCUCUUGUCCUGAUUUCAGCUCCGAAUUCAAGAGGAUUACGAAGACACACAUUGCUAGAAUGGGAAGAUUGCAAAGUCGUAACAAUCGUGAGCAGCAGAGAAGACGUGAGGAAGCCAUUUUGCCCAGCUCAUCCGUUCAUAGGGACAUGUUAGCGUGGUGGAAGGGACUAGCCUUGGACCCUUGCAAUCCAGAUGCAUCGAAGGAUUCAUUUCGGAAAAUCUGGAACCGAAGUCUCAAAGUGCGGAAAUCGAUGUUUUCAUGUAAUGGGGAAUGUCAUCCGAGAAAGAGGAUAUUUGAACAGUUUAUAGGAGGUACUAAGUUGACAGCUGCUUCUACAUUGGCUCCAAAGGAAUCUGAUAAUCAAAAUGUCAAAAAAUUGGGAAAUACACAGUUUUCUUCUGUUUCUAACUCGCUCAAUUCAGGUGACACAACUGAAAGUCAUAAGCAGCAAAUUGUCUUUAACUCACACAGUUCAUGCAGUACUUUGACUUUUGAGGAUAGCUUUAAAGGGAGGCGUGUGAAUACUGAUGGAACAAAAUGCAGUUCCAUAAGUAACGGUUAUCCUUUAAAUGACAGUCUUAGAUCCGUUAAUGGUCCAAGCCCGCCAAGCUUGACCACCCAGGAUGCACCACAGUCGAAUUUCAAUGAUUUGGUUCACAGUUCAGAUUCCUCAAGCUCGGAGGAACCAAAUCCGAAAUUUCAACGAGCACUGGGGAUCAUUGAUAGUGUUCAAAACCCUGUAGCCGUGGCAGAUUUCAUUGAUUCAGCAAUGAGGAUACUUUCUAGUGGUGAUCAUCUCCGUAGACCUGUUAUUCCCAUUGGUUCCAAGUUUCAGGCUGAAAUUCCAGAGUGGACAGGCCAAGAUAAGAGGAAGAAUAUUUAUAGUGGUGAUGAUGAUUCAGAAAAUUUGAAGUGGUUGGGCACCAGAAUUUUGCCCAUGGAAGGUAUGAGUACAGAAACCACUGAGAAAGCAGUUGGGAAAGGGAGACAUGACGCUUGCUCUUGUGUCUCUCCUGGGUCUGCUGAUUGCGUUAAGCGCCAUGUUCGUAAAGGAAGGCUCCUUUUGCAAUCCGAGAUUGGCCCUGCUUUCCUGUGUUGGAAGUUUGAUGAGAUGGGAGAAGAAGCCGUUUCGAAGUCAUGGACAUUGGAAGAUCAAAGGAGAUUUGAAUCUCUUGUCAAAGCGAAUCCACUGUGGAAGGAAGCCAACUUUUGGAAGCUAGCCUCGAAGCGUUUUCCAUCAAAGUCCAAGAAAAGCAUUUUGAGUUAUUACUACAACGUGUUUAUUCCUAGACGUAUGAGACUGCAGAGCCAGAGCAAAUCUUCCCUUGAAACAUUUGACAGUGACGAUGACCAGGCUGAUGGCGAGGAACCGGUCGAGGAAUAACAUGAAUCAACAUGGCCUUUUGUAAAUAUGAUGUAAAGCUAGCUAGGAUUAUCCCACAUAUACGAAUACUCCACACUCGCAUUGGCCUUAGUUUGUCUGUAGUUUAAGGUUGACAUCAUCCCUCGAGUUGUGCUCAAGGGUCUUUUUGGUAGGCUGAUCAAGAGGCUGGUGUGGUGUGAUUUUGGAUCGAAAUUUUUGGUAGAAUUUGUAUUUACACCUGAACUAAAGAAUUGAUCGUAUCAUAUAUGAAAAGUAAGGCUCUGUUUGUUAAUGCUUU